AUGUCUGACGCUGCUCGUAAGGAUUUCUCCACUAAGGCUAAGGAGGAGGUCACUCCCGAUGCCACCAAGUCCACCCAGGACAAGAUCAAGGAGACUGUCACCGACACCGGUGAUCGCCUCGCUCGUGGCUUCCAAACCGACGACAGCAAAGGUGGCUCCCAGGAGGCCUUCGACAAGACCCAGCGUGCCUCCGACAACACUCAGCACGGUGGUGCCAGUAACUCCAUUGGCGACAAGGUCAAGAAUGCCCUCGGCAUGAACAACUAA